AUGGCAGUCCUUCUAGGGGCGGUGGAGGUGGAGGGGGUGCCCUCCGGGGCGUCGGUGGACGACUUGGCGGUGGUCAUCGGGCAGUUUGGCUCCAUUCAGCGCAUACUGAUAUCCAGCAGAGGCGCUCGGGGGGCCGGGAACGCGUUAAUCGUGUUGCCGCAAGCCUCCGCUUCCGAAGUGGCCGAGGCGUUGGGACUCUACCCUCUAUCGGUACCGCUGCCGAUCCCUUUGGCGCCUCCCGCUGGGUUGUUUGAAGGCAUCAAAGCGCAGCCUGUGGGGACUGUGGCGAGCCAGCAUGUCGCCGUCCCCGACCCCAGCAGCUGGGAGGCUGUUGGCACCGACUUGGAGCCCCACAGUUUGGGUCACUCGAGCACAGGCGACGCCAUCACCGUGACAAAAGGCCCGGGUGUUGCACCUGGCUAUGGCAGCGGCGCUGUAGGCGGAGCCGCCGCGAUAGAGGCGGAGCUUCGUUCUCUGCAGCUCCAAAUGCAGCAUCAGGUGGCCACCGCUGGCGGCGACCAGCAAUUCUGGGAGGAGGAGGAGCAGGAGGAGCAGGAGGGAGAGGACGGCUGGCAGCAUGAUGCUGGCAGCCGGGAGGGUGGCCACAGCCCGUCCUUGUCGUUCGACGGCUCUGAGAGUGUCGGCGACGCGGGCUGGCAGCAGAUCCGCACACCCCGCAGCGGCGGGCCCAGCUCGGUACCAGCUGGCGCGGCUGGCGCGGCUGGGAGCAACCCGCGCAUUGUGGUCACCAACGUCUCGCUCGGCUUAAAGCGGCACACGGCGCAGGCCUUCUUCAAGCAGUUUGGGUUCGUGCAGGAGUGCCUCACCUUUGCUGGCAAGCCGUACGCCUUUGUGCAUUUUCGGGACGCGAGCGCUGCCGAGGCGGCGGUCCGGGCGCUGCACCGCAGGCUGGUGCCGCCGCUAAACCCCAAUGAGCUUGUUUGGGCAGAUUUUCGAGCCCCGCGUGAGCCCUACAGCAGGACUGCCACCAAACAUGCAGAGCCGCCGCCAGACACAAACCGGCUGCGGUUCAGCGCCACCCCGACCGCCACGCUGUUUGUGGGGCGUCUGGCCCCGUGGGUGAACCACCAAGGCAUCGCCAGCAUUUUCAGCAAAUACGGCGCGAUCUAUGACUGCGAGCUUCGGGAGGCAACCAAUGACAGGCCAGACAAGUAUGCUUUUGUCAACUACCGGCGCGUGGAGGAUGCGCAGGCGGCGUUCGAAGCCCUGGACGGCAGGGCCAUCCCGGCGGCUACGGGCAAGGUGCCCCUGAAGCUUCAGUACCGGCGAGGCUGA